GAUUGAUAUUGCGAAUCGGCAGAGUGAAGUAUAAGAAGGCCUUUGGUCCCCUGGUUGAGCGAAUUCCACAAGAAAUUUUAUGAACAAAUUGCAAAGUCGUAAAUAGUACUCAAUGUUCAAGAUCUGACUGAAACUUCCCAAUAGAUCUUUGAAGCACAAUUCAGGUUGUGAAUAGCAUCAAAAGUGCGUUUUCGACCAGAAUGUAUAUUCCAGAGGAGCCGGAACUUUCAGGGGUGGUCGUGAUUCAAGAAUUGGCGCAGUCAGCCAUGAAAAUUAUAACGACUAUGCUUGGACGAACGCCACAUCAAUACCCAGACACUACUAUCUAUACCCGUUCUGAGAAGAUUACUUCAGAUAGGAACUCUCAGGAUAGUGCUAAAACAUGGAUAUUAGCCAUAGCGUUUGGCGUGAUGAUUGCUUUCUUCCUUCUUCUCUUCUGUAUACUCGAGAUUAAGAAAAGGCUGGGACAAAGGAAAGACCACUAUACUCAACGUCCCUUAUCACGAACAUCGACAACAAUGUCACGAAAAUCACGAAAUGACACUCGCAGUUUAUACCCAGUUUAUUCCCAUAGACCGAAACCGACGGGAGAAAUGGGCGCUGCAAGAGCUGCAUUGGGUGCUACGAUUCUUCCAUCUCCUAUAGAUGAACCAAGCGAAGAAGAAUAUACGACGAGCAGUCCGCGCAAUCAAGGCUACUACCGACCAACUGGUGAGAUAGGCGCUGCAAGAGCUGCAUUGGGUGCUACGGUUCAUCCAACUCCCAUAGAUCAAUCAAGCGAAGAAGAAUAUACUACUACAAGCAGUCCGCGCAAUCAAGGCUACUACCGACCAACCGGUGAGAUAGGUGCAGCAAGAGCGGCACUUGGUGCGAGAGUCCAGCCAGAAGUUGAACAAGCGAGAACAAAUAACGAUAGACCCCUCCGAUUUCAACAAAGCUAUGUUCCCACUGAUAUUGGCAGUCGGGUCGUCUCACGUCCUGUUGAACAGCAUGAUUCCAUAUACACAUUACGACCUGGCGAGAGUGUUGCAGACAUGAUGCAAAGAGUAGAUAGUGAGGUACAACGAGCGGUCUCUAGAUUUCCUAUCUUCGCGAAUAAUCUACCCAGUCCCCCCCCAACAGCUCAUCCUCCUCGACCCAGUCGAUCAACAGUCCCAAUGACAGUAGACGAGCAAGUAAGUCUACAAGUAGCCGCGUUUCCCAUCUUCCAGCAAAACUCUGGAACUCAGCAUGCAAUGGCUACUGGAAGUAAUCAGGAAGAAUAUCGAGAAUCUACGACGAUUACAGCAGCAAGCGCAAAUACAGAAAUGGAUGACGGGGAAUUGAGGAGGGAAGUUGCGACACUUCCUGUGUUCCAAAGCACAGCUAGUUACCGCCCGAUGCCGACAAGGAGACCAGAUCCGGUGACCCCAGGUUUUAUAACUCCACCGCCAGCGUACUCACACGCUCCAUCAUAUAGGGAAUAUGACUCAGAUGAGGAAGCGCCAGAUAAUGAGGCAGACAAUGCGGUUGAUGAUGAGAAUCAUGGGACUGUUCUUUCUAGUCUACCUCCGGCUUAUUUCAGCGGAGAUUAUAGGCAUUGAGUUGUGAAUUUGUAAUUUUAGCCUUGGGAAUUUUUGCAUUUGACAGGUUUGAUGUAUUAUAUGGCAAUGGAAACCCACCAGAGCCAUUAGAAUAGGUGGGAGAUAUAUAGUUUGAAGCAGUGGGAUGGACAUGAGUAUUGAGAUAUACAAGGUCAUUAUGGAAGGAUGGAGAGGCCAGCGGUAUACACCGAGUGUCUUGAACAAUCGGGAUUAGGCCCUUCUUCUAGGAAAUAAUAAUAAUUCUUAACUUACUAUUCAAACACGUUCCGGAAAUGCACGGAGUCUUCAUAUGUUCGCA